UCCUGCGCAGAACAUAUUCAGUCACAGGAAACCCAUAAGCUCUCCACCAUACGCUCUCUCACACACUCACACACUCCAGUAUGCUCACACACAGGAUGGCCAUGAGGAGGAUGAAGGAGAUGUGCAGCAGGAUGGCUCUAACUUUAGUCUUCUAUGUUCUGCUGUUCUACACAGUAAACAUAAUGACAACUUAAGCUGAACAGUAUACCAAUUAAUUAACCUUCAAAAACUUUUUGAGCUGCCCCUACCUGGCUUGAAACACAGACUUGCACAUAUGAUGAUUCCCACCAGCAUGUUACACUGUUUACACUGGUGUGUAAUUAACACUGAUGUGAUGGAUUCUGCUUGAAGGUGGUCAAUAUUCACUUUCCAGUGAAAGAUCGUUGAAUUAGGAAGCUGCAGAGAAGUGCAAGCCAACAAUGAUGUUGUGAUCUGUAUUACUCUGUGGAUAAACUGAGAGCCCAAAUUUCAAUCAGUAAAGCAUCCAACAUUUAUGCAAGUCCUGUAGGACAUACAUCAUAGCAUGCAUCAUAAAGCAGAUGCUUGUCAGGGGCAGGAUGUGUCCACAGCAGCAGUAAGUACAGAUCAAACAAUUACGACUGCUGUAAUUACGACUCUGAGCACUCACAUGUCUCCUGGAGGCUUGACUGAUCCAAGCACCACAAACCCCACAGACAGCCCAGCGACUGAUGUUAAACAAGGUACUGAUCAUCCCGGCAGUACAACCCAGGAUACACUCCCAGGAUCCGCAGCAUCGCAGACAGACACAGCCAUCACCAAUGAAGAAGCUCAUGAAAUCCUAGCUACAUCUGAGACAACCACUUCACAGCCUGUGGUGAACAGCACUCUGGAGGACUUUUCUACAAACAGUGAAAUUAAUGAUGUUCAAAUUAAUCAAAACGAGUCUGGAGCAAAGUUAAAUUCACCUACGCAGUCUGGACAAACACAAGUGUUCAUAUCCUUACUGGUGAGUGGGUUAAUCCUUGCUGCUGCCCUGAUCGGACUGUAUGUAUGGAAGAUCCACUGUCACACAAAGGCUAAUGGCAUGAAACUAGCAGAGGAGUCAUACAUGGCUGACGAAGAUAACCAGGGCAACACUCUGGUGUCUGUGGCUCCUCUAAACCCACCAGAGAGCCAGGAGAAGCCAAGCCAGAAUGGUGAGUCCCUAGAGGUCGUGAAGACCCAAAAUCCUCUUGCUGCCACCAAUGGCCACUCUACCACCAAAGCUGACACUGAGCUGUGAGGGUCUAUCUCCUCUACACAGGCUUGGGGUCAAUGUUCACCAUUCCAGGCCUACAAACAACACUAGGGAACUGGCAAAGCAAAUGUACAGGCUUCCUUCUUCUCUUUCUUUAUUGCAAUACAAUUAAUACAUAAUGAGUGUUAUUGCACAGAUUACUGAGGGGACAGUUAUUAUAAUGUAAUUUGGAAAUGGCUCUUAAGAUAAAGAUGGCUAGGGUGGGUUUCCCAAAACAUUUAUAACACGAAGUAAUUCAUUAUCUUGUUCAUAAGAAUGUUCUUUAAUUAAUGAGCAUUUACGAAAACCCUUUGUAAAUAACAUCGUACAUAAAUUUAAUUAUGUUUAAACAGAAAUUAAUGAGUAACCUUUCUCACUAAGUACUUCUCACUAUUUGGAGCUUGCAUUCAGUUCCAACUCAAAAAGACAGAGGACACUUAUUUCUAUACAAAAAGCAUCACAGUAUUUAUGAUGUGACUGUGAUCUAUUGCCCUAGUGUUAAUUUGAUUAAUUUACAUCUGUGGUGUAGUAGGUAGCUUGGCUGUCUCUAAUACCCCUUUACCCCCAAUAGGGAAUAGAUUCUGUUCUAGGUCACACACAAAAAUUUGAUCCGUUCAGAGCAUUUCAACUGAAAAUAAAUUGGUUUGGAAUCUGAAAAGUUAAUUUCCAGUUGGAACCAAAAAAUAGCUGGUGACGACAUUGGUGGGCAUAACCGUAAUGACAACAGUGGGCAUGUCAUGAAUUUGAAAAGUUGUUGCUUCUUCUUAUCAUUAGUAAUUGAUCAGUGCUUGUUUUGUGAAUGAAAACAAAUAUCUGCAAGAGCAGAACAAAAGUUCACAGAUGUGCUCUGCCAUCCUGCAACUACUGUUUACUUCCAUUGUGCAACACCUUCUUUGUUGAUGCCUCCUUGAUUACAGUGGUUCCACUCAAAACUGGUAGAAAUGCAAGCUGGUUCAAGAGCUGGCACCAAGAUUCAGAGAAUCCUGAACAGAACCGGUUCAAGAACUGUUUUCCCUUCAAGAACAGGUUCAAGAACUGUAUUCCCUGUUGGUUGAAUAGCAUGUGUGCUCAUGUAAUAGAUUUAAACCAGAGCUUCAUUGACUGUCUAUGUGGGUUUACGCAUUGUUCUUUAUUUCCAGCUAACUUGAUUAAGUUAGCUCUACAAAACCAAAUGAAGCAAACUGCAUUUAAAAGUGUGUUCAUGUAAAUCAAUUCACAUGGAAGCAUCAAGUAUAAGAAAUGAGUUCAUGUUGAAGUAACAUAUUUCAUUUGUGUGGAAUCAAUCAAUUAAAUUUAAUUAACGUAGCAAUUAAGUAUGCUCUUGUACUAAGCAUUGGUCAUUGUUGUGUACACUGAAAAAGUUUAUUGAAACUUGAUUGAAAUGUGUACAUUGGUUCCAUGGAAAUUAAUUGAUUUACAUGUGAAUGAACAUGAUUUGAUAAUGAAGGAUAUUCAAAGCCUUGGAAUAAAAUUUAACUCCACACAAAUAACAGAGCUCAGGAUAGAACCCAGGACUCGGGAGCUAAGCAGCAGUGACGUUACCCACUAGACUGUCAUACCAAGCUGUAGCUAUUAAAAUUAGUUUAUUAUUAGUUAGCAUCAACAUCCUUGUGAGAGCUGAUAAUGGCUCACAUUCGUUACACAUAAGUUAAGCCAAAAGAUGAGAGUAAAUUUAGUAUAAGCAACAAUUGUGUGUUGAGUAACCGAACAUUUUAACACGCAAUGUAAACUAGAAGGAUACUCGGUAGAGUGCAUACAGUACCUCGGCCAAAUCACAUAUUAUCAAGAACAAAAUCAAAUCAAUUGAACCAAGGAUAAUACUAAAGCUGUAUACCAAAUUUCACCCAAAUCUGUUCAGUACUUUUUGAGCUACAGUGAGAACAGGCAAAAAAAAAAAAACAUCCUGGAUCCACAUAUAUAUCCAGAUUUGCAUUGAAAUCUAAUCAAUUGUUCCUUGGCCCAUAGCACACCUUAACUCAAAAUUUCAUCAAAAUCUAUUCACUACAUUUCAAGUUACAUUGGAAACAGAGAUGAGAACAUAUCCUCCUCCAACAAAAUUCAUGGUGGUAAUUAAUACAAAACAAUAAGAGAUUUCAUUGCAACCAAACCAGUAGGCAAACACAAUGGAGGGUAAACACAGGGAGGGUGGACAUCCCAGAAUGCAUAGCUGUGAAUAAUUAGGUGCUAAAAGCCACUCAGGCUCUUCCAGCACCACAAUAUAUCAACUAUAUAUUUUCUCUUAAAUCUGACAACAAAUGCAUUUUUUUCUCAUUGCUCUUCCAAAAAAAUGUAAUUUCUGUUGUAAAUUGUUGAGUAUGCUUGUCUUUUGCCCACUAUUUAUAAACACUGGCAUCUGUUCAUGCUGUUUAAGUCACUGAUUCAUCUGCAGUGGUGCUUGAAAGUUUGUGAACCCUUUAGAAUUUUCUAUAUUUCUGCAUAAAUAU